CAACCAACAAGGGAGGCCUACUUCCGGUGCGAGGAAGCGCCGGCUUCCGGUUAUGCGCGGUGAGCGGCGCACGCGCAGGAGCCGCUCCGUAAUUGGCCUGGACGGGGCGCUUGGCGCGGGGCAGCGUCCAGCGAGGCCGGCGGUGGCCGCGGCCCAGCCUUUCCUGGAAGCCCAGGUGGACUCGCGCAGCGCCAUCACUGCCAAAAUGACCUCCCUGGGCACGAGUAGCCAGUCGGUUACAGAGUAUGUGGUGCGAGUACCCAAAAACACACCCAAGAAGUACAACAUCAUGGCCUUCAACGCCGCCGACAAAGUCAACUUCACCACCUGGCACCAGGCGAAAAUGGAGCGAGAUCUCAGCAACAAGAAGAUCUACCAGGAAGAGGAGAUGCCGGAGUCGGGGGCCGGCAGCGAGUUCAACCGCAAGCUGCGGGAGGAGGCACGCCGCAAGAAGUACGGCAUCGUCCUGCGGGAGUUCAAGCCCGAGGACCAGCCCUGGAUCCUCAAGGUCAACGGCAAAGCUGGGCGCAAGUUCAAAGGGGUGAAGAAGGGCGGCGUGACCGAGAAUGCCUCCUACUACAUCUUCACGCAGUGCCCUGACGGCGCCUUCGAGGCCUUCCCGGUCAGCAACUGGUACAACUUCACCCCCGUGGCCAAGCACCGCACCCUGACGGCCGAGGAGGCGGAGGAGGAGUGGGAGCGGCGGAACAAGGUGCUGAACCACUUCACCAUCAUGCAGCAGCGGCGGCGGAAGGACCAGGACGACGAGGAGGAGGAGAAGGAGAAGACGAAGAAGAGGAGCAGCGAGCUGAAGAUCCACGACCUGGAGGACGACCUGGAGAUGAGCUCAGAUGAGAGCGAGCUGAGUGAUGCCGAUGGGGAGAAGGUGGCCAAGCCCCAGAAGAAAACCCCGCUGACCAGGAAGAAGAAGAAGAAGAAGGGCUCGGACGACGAGGCCUUCGAGGACAGCGACGACGGAGACUUCGAGGGGCAGGAAGUGGAUUACAUGUCGGACGGGUCCAGCAGUUCGCAGGAGGAGGCAGCAGUGGGGAAGCCCAAGGUGACAAAGGAAGAGGAUGGUCCCAAAGGGAUCGACGAGGCGAGCGAGAGCAGUGAGGAGAGCGAGGAGGAGAAGCCUGCCGAGGAGAAGGAGGAGGAGGAAGAGGAGAAGAAGGCCCCCACCCCUCAGGAGAAGAAGAAGAAAAAGGACAGCAGUGAUGAGUCGGAGACCUCGGAGGAGAGCGACAUCGACAGCGAAGCGUCCUCGGCACUCUUCAUGGCGGUUGAUUCCAAUCAGGGGGUUAUGCCCGGAUCCCCCGGAUUCAAACGGUGCCUCUCCUGCCAGGAGGCCAUCCCCGUCAGCGACGGGCACCCCCGUUGCCUCCCAUGCUUGGGAGAGGCACACUUGCCCCAAAAGUGCGAGCACUGCCUUAACCUUAAGGCGCGCAGUCGGAAAGCCUGUGACCUGAAGCUAAAACCCCAAAUGAAGGAGAGCCUGCUGCAGCCAGCCUCAGACCCUGGGCCUGGGACCCGCCCUGGACAACAGUCACCAUCAGCACCAGCUGCUCCAUGCUCCCUGCGGGCUACGAAGAGGAAAUCAACCAAUUCCUCACGAAAAGACGCUAAAAAACGAGCCCCAUGUUCGCCCACCCAGGAGCCGAGGAAAAGAACGAGGUCCCCAGCGAGAUCGGUAGCUUUGGCACCGACCGGUGUAAUACUGAGCACCUAUGACGCCCCUGGGACCUCCGGUAUCGUCGACGCCGGUAAGUCCAAGGACCCCAAGAGGGCAAGACGGGACAAGACUGCACCGUCUGAUGACCGAGGCAAGGAAAAGCCCAAAGCCUCAAAGACGGAACCGACCAGCCACACGGCACCGGGCACUUUGGCGGCGCCGCCUGCUGGGCAUUCAGCGGAACGCAGAGCAACCCUGGCGCUGACAAGACAGUCGGCACCGGCGCCGACACAACUGCCUCCCACGGUACCGAAGACACCACAGGAGUUUAGAGUCCCAAAAGACGGAUUUGUCUCUGAGACGCCAGAGUCUCCACCGCUCCGUAGCGCGACGGCUGCGGUACACACCAGACCCACCCCCUCACCGUCGCCGUCCAGGGCUGCUCCCCCCUUCUCCAGUGGAGACGAGGAGGAAAAUGAUGCUUAUUCUGUGCCUUCACGCAGCUGCUCUUCGCGUCGGGGUGCGGCACAACCUGACUCUUCUGCCCGCCAUAGGUACCAGGAGCCCAGAGGUGACCCAGUGCUCUGGUAUGGACACCCAUGGAUGCCCCCCUUCAUGCCGAUGCCCCCACAGUGGCCUUGCUGGGAUCCAUGGGCUGCUUACGGGCAACAGUUUUCCAGGCCACCCACUAUCCAGAGGGAGAAACCGAGGCACUCCCCGUCGUCUUCAGUGUCCAGACCUCCUGAGCCUGAAGGAGAAUCUGUCAAGGAGCAGGAGGAAAGGCCCGAGCAGGAGGAAAGGCCCAAGCAGGAACCUACGCCUGCACCCAAUAUACCGUCGUCCUCAGCGGCCAAAGCAGUCGUGCCUCCCCCGCCGUUGUCGGCUGAUGAUGAUUUCCGACAGCGUCAGGAGCUGUUCAGACGGAUAGCGGAUUCUUUCCACAUCCUAUUAGAGGAACCAAGAGAGUCGCGGUGCAUGAUUGUGGAUAUACUGCCCACAUCAACCAAGAUCGGGCUGCCUAUAGUUAAGACCAUCUUAAACUCAGCUAAAACAGUCUGGCAAACUCCAGCCACGAUCCCUCCCACCUGUAAGAGGGCUGAGAAGAAGUAUUUUGUCCCCUCAAAGGACAUGGAGUUCUUAUCUUCGCUGCCCACACCGAAUUCAAUGGUGGCCUUGGCGGUGAACGAAAGGGAGAGUCUACGUCUGAACAGCCCGUAUGACAAAGAUUGGAAGAAACUAGAUUUGCUGGGCCGUAAAGCGCACUCCUCAGCAGCUCUCCAAUUCCGAAUUGCCAAUUACGAGGCGUUCAUGUCAAGUUAUAACCACAAAAACUAUUCAAAACUGAACGAAUUUAUUCAAUAUAUCCCAGAGGACAAAAGAAAACAAUUCCAGGCGGUCGUGACGGAGGGCCAGCUGCUGGCAAGGACGGCAUUGCAAGCGUCCCUCGAUGCAGCAGACACGGCGGCCCGCUCCAUAGCAACAGCAGCGGUCAUGAGGCGAGUAUCAUGGCUACGUCUUUCGGGACUCCCGAAGUACAUACAAACUACAGUGGAGGAUUUUCCCUUUGAAGGCUCCAACUUAUUUGCCGACAAGACCGAUGACUAUUUCCGCUCCAUCCGGGAUGGAAGAGAGCUGCUGAGAGCAUUACGUGUCUCCACACCAGUGCCAAGGAGACGGCAGAAUAGAUACCACGCUACCUCGAGAUCUCGAACCUCUGCAUUUCCCCCACCUCAACGACACUACGACCCGGAAAUGACCGAGACCUCCCAAAUGUAACUGCCCCCGACAUAGUCACGUGCAUCUCACCAACCCACCUCACAACAGAAAACUGGGUUGAGGCUCCGAGAUGCCUCCCCCGGAUCCAUGUGCUGUGACCACCAGAAAACGUCCAUCCCUUUGGCGACCGCCUGACCCCGUUCUACCCAGUGUCACCUUGGACAAGUGGGUGUUAGAAAUGGUCAACAACGGAUACUCAAUGCCAUUUCUCUCCUCCAACCCACCCAUGCCCCCCACCCCCCGACACCUUCUGCAGGAAAAAUUAAUCCACUCGGGGGCUGUAGAACCAGCUCUGCUCCAACACCCCAGGUGAGGCUUUUAUUCCAACUAUUCCCUCAUCCCACAAAAGAGCAGUGGGUGGAGACCCAGUCUAGACUUCAGAACAUUCAACAACGACGAUUCAGGAUGGUCACGUUAGCAACAAUAAUCGCAACACUGGACCCGGGGGAUUGAUCUCGGCCCUCGACCUCCGAGACGUGUGUUUCCACGUUCCCAUACACCGUCUCCUAGAGAUUCCUCAGAUUUGUUCUGGGCUUGGAUCCUGGCCAGGACAAAGUGCUUACCUUGGGCCUCUGGCACCCGGGGUGUUCUCCAGGCUUCUUGCAGUGUGGUGCACCUCUGCCAACAGGCAGUUGUGAUAUUCCCAUACGUGUCCAGCUGCCUUCUCAAAGCCCCCUCUUGAGACAUCGCAGUCCUGGCUACACAGAGAACUAGGGACCUUUUCUCACAACUAGGCCUUCAAAUCAACACUCGGAAGUCAACAUUGACGCCUGUACUGCAUCCAGAGUUCAUUGGGCCCUACCCUGCCGCAGUGGAGGCCAGAGUCUUCUGACCAACGCACAGACUUGCCACCCUAGCCAAUAUGAUCUCCACGGUACCAAGCCAGUCCGCAGGUAUCAGCCAGAACAUGUAGACGACUACCAGGGCAUAUGGCAGUGCCCAUCUGUGUUGUAAAACAUGCCAGGCCGCACAGGUGUGGCUCCGGACAGAAUACGUCCCGCACAGACACAACUUAAACAAAUCUCUCCCCAAGCCAAUCUUAUCCGUGUGAAUGGACAAGAUUCCAGACCUGGUGCGACAAAAAGUGCGUUUCACCUAGAACCUCUCCCUUGUCACUGGUACUGGACUGCAUCUGGGAACGAAUAGGGCCAGGGCUGUCCAAGUUCAAUCCGAAUGCAUCUUGCAGCCAUCCCGGCCUUCCACCGCAAGGUCGCUGGUCAUUCGGUGUUCACCCACCCUGGAACAAGACGGUUUCUCAGAGGAAUUUGAAAUCUCUACCUUGAAGUAUGAGAUCCCACUGCACCUUGGGUCCGUAACCUAGUCAUGCGAUGCCUGACUGGACACUCCUUGGAGCCCAUGAUGACCUACUUGCUUGUUCAUUGGCUGUCUUCACUGACAGAUGUUUCUCGUUACCCCCUCUCAAUAUAAUCUUCUUCAAAGAUAGUUUUGUUGAGACCUCAUCCAAAGUUACUUCCUAAAAUACCUUCCUCACUGCCCCUGAAUUGGCCUGUUCGCCAGCCAUUGUUGUUCCUGAACCACGUAGAACUAAACGUUCCACACGCUAGAAGGGCGCUUGCCUCUGACCUCCAAAGGACUAACCCUUUCAGAAAGUCACCACCAUUACUCCUUUCUGUUGCAGAAAGAUCAGAGCUCAGCUGUAUCCAAACAGACUUUCAAAACAGGUUUCCGACUGCAUUCGCCUUUGCUGUCGUCAAUGCGGUUUGCCGCCGAAGGCACGCCACACGAUCGAUUUCCACGUCUCUAGCUUUCCCGA